GCUUGAUUGGUCACGUGACAAAGCUCACAAAAGAAAGCGAGCUUUUCAUUUUUGUUAUAGAUCUAGAUCUAGUUUAAAGAGUUCGACUACUAGAUCUCUAUAUAUACAUAGAUUCUAUAUCUAGUUUUAGAUUUUAUGUUGCAUUAGGUUGACAUUUAUUUCACAAUGGAUAGAUCUUACAAGUCUAUACUUCCUACUUGUAAUAAAAUACUCCAGAAACGUUGGGAUGCAACUUAUUAUAAUGAACACCGAAGAAAGGUUGCUGAUGCUACUGCAACAGUAGAUACAAAGGCCCCACAAACAUACCUGCACCUCCAUCUCAAGAUGAAGAAGUUGCAGCUAGAAGAAGAAAGGUUAGCAAUGAUUGAGAGAGAUAAUUUACUUCUCUUGAAAAAAAUGUCAUGCAUCAUGACCAGUAGAGGUCGCAUAGAUAACAGAAACAAUUAUGAACCAAUAAAAAGUCUGAACAGAGAAAAACGACAGCGUGAGCUACUUAGGAUUACUAAAGAGAAUCAGGCCAUACUACACAGGAUCACUAUGAGGAGACCAGAAUAUAGUCAUGAAAAAUGGCAAUCUGAUUGGGAGGAAAAUCUGAAAUUUAUGAACAAUAUCUCAGCCUUCCCCCCUGAAUGGUGGUUGGAGAGAAAACCUACUCCAAGAUCACCCAACAGAAGCAGAUCUGCAUCUGCCAGACACAAGAGUGCACAGGGUAAGAAUGAUGAAAGUUCUGAAGAGAAUGCUGAUAAAGAAGAUGAGCCAAAGAAAGAUGCUAAAGAAAAAAAGGAAAAGAAAAAAUCAGUUGAAGCUAAAGAAAGUAAAGAUAAAAAGCCUAAUAAGGAUCAGGUAAAUGAAAAACCUAAAGAAAAAACUAAGAGACCACAGGCAGUAGACACUUCACAAAAAAGUGAAAAGCCUAAAGAAAAAACUAAGAAAGCCCCAGCAGAAGACACACCAGAAAAAAGUGAAAAGCCUAAAGACAAAACUAAGAAAGCCCCAGCAGAAGACACACCAGAAAAAAGUGAAAAGCCUAAAGACAAAACUAAGAAAGCCCCAGCAGAAGACACACCAGAAAAAAGUGAAAAGCCUAAAGACAAAACCAAGAAAGCCCCAGCAGAAGACACACCAGAAAAAAGUGAAAACACAAAAGAGGAAACUAAGAAAGCCCCUGCAGAAGACACACCAGAAAAAAAUGAAAAGACCAAAGAGAAAACUAAGAAAGCCCCAGCAGAAGAAACACCAGAAAAAAAUGAAAAACAUCCAGACAAGGAUGACAAGGCAGAUUCUGAUAGUGAAAAGACAGAGCAGAACAAAACAGGCCAGGUAGAGGCCUCUGAUGAAAGCCAAGUCAAAGAAACAGAAGAUGAGCACAAGACCAAGCAAGAGGAAGAUCAGCCAAAACAAGAAGAGGGCAGGGUAGAAGUUGUGGUUGAGAAAGAUGAAGUUAAUGUUGGCCAAACAUAAAUCCAUUGCAUAGUUUAAGUUCUAAUAGUGCGUUUGUAUCAAUGCUCAUUACUAUCAAACAAAAUGCUAGGUUUAAAUAUUGCUUUCAUUUCAUAAAACAUUAUUUGUUUCAUUUUACUAAUUUCCUUCUAUUUAUGUCAAUGUUUUUGAAAAGCAAAAUCUAUAAAAGUAAGUAUUGCAUUUUAAUGUAAUUGUGAAUGUAAGUUCUACAAUCUAUAAUUUCUUAAGUCUAAUUUUUUUCUAGUUUUCAGAAAACAAAUAAAACACCUACUUAUUCAAAUAAAUAAAAUAUAUGUUACAUAAUAUACUAUUAUGUACAUAGGUUUGCAACCAUUUUCAAGUCACCACCCAAUUCAUGUAAAAUUUUAUUGAUCCAAGGCUGGAUAGCAUUUUGAAAAAUGCUUUUAACUCUUUCUCUCCAUAAUUAUUUUCCAUGUUCCGAUGGAAUUAUUCAUUUUACUCCUUUUAUAUUUCACUACCCUGUUAUGAUUAAACUUUAUUUGGUAUAGAAUUAAGAGGAAAUGCAUGCUUUUUUUAAAAUAUAAAACAAAGUAAAGUUUAUAAAAUGAAACAUUAAUUAAUUAGGUCAAAUCAAUGAUGGUAUCAUCAAUUAGGAGAGAAAGAGUUAAAUGGGACCUCAGAUAACCUUUAUAAAUUUAUGGUGGUAAAAAUUAAUGGAUAGGUAACCAGUUGUAUAUAUAGUAGGGAGUUUGACUGUUGCAUGUUAUUUUAUUUUAUGUUUUUUAAAAGCAGUGUUAAACAUACAGUUAAAGUUUUUUAAUAAUACACUUUUUAUGUGUGGGCAAUGGGGUACUUGGAAAGAUAUUAAACUCUGUCUCAUUAUUAACCCUCACAAAUAUUUUACAUACAAAAAGAGAUCACUACUUCAGUAGUUAUAUAUAUAUAUAUAUACUAUCUUUUAUGUUCUGUUGAAGCUUUAAUAAUAAUUUAUUAAUUUCAUUAUACUAAUUUUGACAUAUAUAAGCUCUUUUCAAAACUUAUUCUUAGGCUAAUAAUCUCAAGAUGAUUUUAGUGUGAUGCUUAUAGAGGAAUCUACAAUGCUUUGGAACUGGGUGGCCAUAAGAGUUUUGUUUUAUUAAUUUAAUGAUAAAAGUCUUUUGUAGAGCUAUUGUUUAUGCAUCACCCAAUGCUUAAGAAUCUAUAAUAUGCUGUACUAGCUGAACAUCAAAACAUAUCAGAAUGUCAACAUGAUGAUCUGGAGAGUCAAUUCAAUUAGCACUCAUUUAGUGACAAUUUUUUUUCUCCACACUUUAUUAUUUUUUUCAAUGAAUAAUAAUAUGAAGAUUAAAUAUUGGUCCAAAAAUUAUGUAGGACAAAAGGGAAAUGGAUUGGGAGUUUUAAGUCAAGACCAACAGGUUGAUAGUCAAGAAUGUGCAACACUGUUAGGCAAUUUUAAAUAAAGUUUAUAUAAUAUUAAUUUUAAUUGUUGUUAAAAAUUGUAAAUCUUUUAACUUUAUCAUCAAUGUUGUUUUUUUUUAAGUAACAUAGUAAAGAAACCAAAUUUAUGUGUUAUAUGUUACCUAAGACAUAUAAAUUUCAUCUUUAAAUAUUUUUUCAAGAUUUGCACUGUAGUUAUUUUAGGCUGUUUAUUUCCAUGAAUGUGGACUCCCAAGGGAUGUAACUAUUUGUUGUUUUCUGAGAUUACUUCUUACCACUUUUUUUGUUUUGCUGAAGCUUGUAGCUAUUAUGUCAUGACUAAAUAUGACAAAGACAGUAUUAUUUUAUCAUCUUCAUGCCAAAAUUGUUUUUAUUUUUUUAAUCAAGUUAUUUUUGUCAUUUUGAGUGGAACUUUAUGUAACAUUGAAAUUGAAUGUGAUGGUUGAAUAUUUUAUACGUUUAUAACAUAUAUUGUAUAGAGUUUAUUUAUAGUAUUUCCUUCUGUGAUACCUUUAUUUGCACUGUGAUAACAUCUCAUUUAAUCACCAUAGCUGUUCCUUAACCAGAUCAUUCACUUUACAAAAAGAAAAACUAAUUAUGUUAGUGACACUGGGAAGGGGGGGGGGGGGCUGUCAAAAGUUUUGCUUGUUAAAUUUAUGUUUUUAAACUCAACUAAACUUUCACAGUGCAUAAUGUGACAUUUCUUCAGGGAGAUAGAAAAACUAUCAGAUUUAUAAGUUAUAUUUACAAUAUUAUUAUUAACAAGUGACUGGGUUUCUCAUUUGGUCUGACAGCAAAUUUACACAUAAAAAUCAAGGCAACAAAUAUUGGAUUGAAGUAGUUUUCUAACAUUUUUUGUUUGUUUUAAUAAAUAUAGUAAAAAAUAUCAAAUAUGAUUUUUACAAAAUCCAUUUUUAUUUUACAAUAAAAAAGAAUUGUUCUGUACAUGCACAAGGAAGUAAUAUUUAAAACAAAACCCACAAUUUAUGGAUAUUUCUUAAGCUUUUGUUCUUUAAUGAUGUAACAUUAAAAACACACUGUAAUAACCAAAUUAGUGUGUCAUGCCUGAAAGUAACAAUAGAACAUCUGAAUUAAAUCCUAAUUUAUGGUUGACUUGUUAUGCCUGACUGUAAAAAUAAAAAAAAACAUCUGAAUUAAAACUUUAUUUAGGGUUGAUGUUAUGCCUAGCUGUAUCUGAGUGUGUUUGUUUUAUCAUUGGCACUUUAUAUUCAUAUCCACUUCUUGUAUAAAUCUAUAUUCAGUUAAGUGUAUUGAGAACUCACUCUGCCUAGUUUGAUUUUAUAUCACUAUAUUUUUACAGACUUUUUAACAACUUGUUAUAAUAUAAGUAUUUUCAGUUUUUUAUAACUUUUACACUGUUGUUUUAUUUUAAAAAUUAAUUUUAGCACUAUUAAGUAACAUACUGUAACAAUUGAUUUUUGUCUGAACUAAAAGGGUAAUAUAAACAUGUCUAAAAGGGUGAAAGUAAUGUCAUUAUGACAUAUGUUUUGAUUGACAUUGUUAAUCAAAAAGUAUAGUAAUACAAUGUUUGAAAAUAAAUCUUUUUUUUUU